UAUUCAGGCAGCGAAGCCCCCCCAAAGCCGAGCUCGCGCGCGGCGGCGUCGUCGUCUUCCUCCUCUUCCCCCCGAGUUGGAUUCGUGGCCGCGCGGCGGAUGGGAGGGGAGGAGGGAAUGGCGGCGGGGAGGAAGAAGCGGGUGGGGAGGUACGAGGUUGGGCGGACCAUCGGGCAGGGGACGUUCGCCAAGGUCAAGUUCGCCGUGGACGCCGACACCGGCGCCGCCGUCGCCAUGAAGGUGCUCGACAAGGACACCAUCCUCAACCACCGCAUGCUCCACCAGAUCAAAAGGGAGAUAUCAAUAAUGAAGAUUGUAAGACACCCCAAUAUAGUUAGACUAAACGAGGUUCUAGCUGGAAAGACGAAGAUAUACAUAAUCUUGGAGCUUAUCACUGGAGGCGAAUUGUUCGAUAAAAUAGCUCGCCAAGGGAAGCUUCGUGAAAAUGAAGCAAGGAAGUACUUCCAGCAGCUUAUUGAUGCCAUCAAUUAUUGCCAUAGCAAAGGAGUAUAUCAUAGAGAUUUGAAGCCUGAAAACCUGCUUCUUGACUCACGUGGAAACUUGAAAGUUUCUGAUUUUGGACUUAGCACUUUGGCCCAGAAAGGAGUAGGCCUUCUUCACACAACUUGUGGAACACCAAAUUAUGUUGCUCCUGAGGUGCUUAGCAACAAUGGUUAUGAUGGAUCUGCAGCAGAUGUUUGGUCAUGUGGUGUUAUUCUCUAUGUUUUGAUGGCUGGAUACCUUCCUUUUGAGGAAGAUGAUCUUCCAACACUGUAUGAUAAGAUUACUGCAGGUCAGUUUUCAUGCCCUUAUUGGUUCUCUCCAGGUGCUACAUCGCUUAUCCACAGAAUACUCGACCCAAAUCCAAAAACUCGUAUCACUAUUGAACAGAUAAGGGAAGACACAUGGUUUAAGAAGACUUAUGUAGCCAUUAAACGUGGUGAAGAUGAAAAUGUUGAUCUGGAUGAUGUACAGGCUGUUUUUGACAAUAUUGAGGACAAGUACGUUUCUGAGCAAGUGACUCAUAAUGAUGGUGGCCCUCUUGUGAUGAAUGCCUUCGAGAUGAUUACAUUAUCUCAAGGUUUGGAUCUUUCAGCAUUAUUUGAUAGACAGCAGGAGUUUGUCAAACGUCAAACUCGUUUUGUCUCAAGGAAACCAGCAAAGACUAUAGUAGCUACAAUUGAAGUUGUUGCUGAGACUAUGGGUCUUAAGGUCCACUCUCAGAAUUACAAGUUGCGUCUUGAAGGUGUAUCUUCAAACAGAAUGAGCCCGUUUGCUGUUGUUCUACAGGUUUUCGAAGUUGCUCCUUCUCUGUUCAUGGUUGAUGUUCGAAAGGUUGCUGGUGACACACUGGAAUACCACAGGUUCUACAAGAACUUGUGCAACAAGAUGGAAAGCAUAAUCUGGAGACCGAUUGAAGUUUCAGCGAAAUCCGCACUGCUGAGGACAGCCACAUGCUAGCCUGGCGCUAACGCAGCUGCAACUCCUGCAUCAGUGGGAUUUUCAGGUUUUCAGGUUGUCAACUCCUAGCCCGUCCACCGAAGUUGCUCUUGCAGGCGCUGCAUGUACCACAUAGCUGAGUCAGUUCUUCAGUAGAUCAGUGUACCAUUCUAGUUUCAUGCACCAGAUGUUUUGGUAGUAUUGUUAAUAUAGAACUGUAGAUAGUCCAUAUAGCGGCCAAUUGUGCAGUCUGUAUGUAACAUGGAUAUAGAUAGGUUUCUUGUGUAGUAGUAGUAAAUAAGCUGGUUAUUUUGCUGCCAUGAAACUGGAAUGACUUGUGAACGUCGAAAUGCUCUCGUGUAUGUCGGAUCUUCUUCACUUAGCCGUUCUCAAGGAUGAGAGCAAUUAAUCUUGUGAUAUAAUCCUAUAUGUAUUUCCAGGGCAGAAAUGGAAAAGAAAAGGGAAACCUGCCUACCACAACUUUUAAGCCUUUGAUCUA